UCUGAAUGACAGUAACAAGAGGAGGGGGGGGAAAACCUUCUGAAAUGAAGCAAAAGAGAUCUGAGAAACUAAAUCUGCAGGGGAAAAGGAGACUAAAACCACAGUUUUAGUGAAACAGCCAGCCGUUGGGAGCUGGGAGGCAGAGGGAGGAAAAAAGGCUGGGCUUAAGCAACCUGCUACCGGGAUGUAGACAAAGGCGGUUUGAAAGGCAGAGAACGAGGCGGGAUCAGUAGCUCUAUCAGCAUGGGGAGUGCGCCAGCCGCUGGAUUCCCGGGAUGAAACCGGAUGAAUUCACAGUGUCUCCUUCAGGGCACGAAUUACUGGAGUAUGCACCAAAAUAAGAACUCAGAGAAAAAAGUAAGUUUGGGAGAGGACUUAGAUUUUGACGGUCUUUGAAAUCUCCUCUUGGAGGCAUGCCUUCAUUGAUGCGUUACCUCUUUAUAGUUUCUGUCUCUUGUGUAAUCAUUUUUAUCGUGUUCUAUGUGUUCAAUUUUGGGGGCGAGCAAGGCUUCCAGAGGCUAAAUAACUCGGACACUUUGAUGCUGAGUCAAGUUUGCAUAUCCUUUAUCAGUGGCAAAACACCUUUCCUCUGGAGAAACAAACUCAUGAUCUAUGAGACGUCUUCUUGCAAGGAAUACCUGGCUCAAAGCCACUACAUCACGGCGCCGUUAUCUAAAGAAGAAGCUGAAUUUCCUUUGGCAUAUAUCAUGGUCAUCCAUCACAAUUUCGACACCUUUGCAAGGCUCUUCAGAGCUAUUUACAUGCCUCAGAAUAUCUACUGUGUUCACGUGGAUGAGAAAGCGACAGUUGAAUUUAAAGAUGCAGUGGAGCAGUUACUGAGCUGCUUCCCGAAUGCUUUUCUGGCUUCCAAGAUGGAACCCGUGGUCUAUGGUGGGAUCUCCAGGCUCCAGGCUGACCUGCACUGCAUCAAGGAUCUUGCAGCCUUGGAGGUUCCGUGGAAGUACGCCAUCAACACCUGUGGGCAAGAUUUCCCCCUGAAAACCAACAGGGAGAUAGUUCAGUAUCUGAAAGGAUUUAAAGGGAAAAACAUCACCCCAGGGGUGCUGCCUCCAGCUCACGCAAUUGGACGGACUAAAUAUGUCCACCGAGAGCACCUGGGCAAAGAGCUUUCCUAUGUGAUAAGAACCACAGCACUGAAACCGCCUCCUCCCCACAAUCUCACCAUUUACUUCGGUUCUGCCUACGUCGCCCUGUCAAGAGAGUUUACCAACUUUGUUCUCCAUGACCCACGGGCUCUUGACUUGCUCCAGUGGUCCAAAGACACCUUCAGCCCGGAUGAACAUUUCUGGGUGACGCUUAAUAGGAUUCCAGGUGUUCCUGGCUCCAUGCCAAACGCAUCGUGGGCCGGGAACCUCAGAGCUGUAAAGUGGUUUGACAUGGAAGAUAAACACGGAGGCUGCCACGGCCACUACGUCCAUGGCAUUUGUAUCUAUGGAAACGGAGACUUAAAGUGGUUGAUUAAUUCGUCAAGCCUCUUUGCUAACAAGUUUGAGCUCACUACGUACCCCCUUACUGUGGAAUGCCUAGAGCUGAGGCUCAGAGAAAGAACCCUAAAUCAGAGUGAAAUUGCAAUACAGCCCAGCUGGUAUUUUUGAUCUACUGCCACUCACGACUGAAGGAAAACCGCAGCUGGAAAGGAGAGCUUUCCUUUGUGAGAAAAACUUAGCCUGGGUUACAUGAACAGUCUCAGGGCCAAGGUUAUGGCUUCAGGACCUGACUACAUUAUUACAUGUUAAAAUAUUCUCUGGACACCGUGAAAUAUGCUGUCAGGGUGGUUGUGCAGAGCGAUGCUGGCGCUUUGGCCACUCUGCCGGUUUCUUGAGGCUCGUCUCUGCAUCAGGCUAAUGUUCUGAUCAGUGAUAAAUAACUGUCCUCAGAUUUGCAUCUGAUCUUCAUCGUAUAUAAAUGUUCUAAAGAAAAGGAGAAUUGUGGAUAAUACUAUUUAGGAGAAAAAGAACUGGGUUUCUCUGAAGAAGGAAUCUUUUAUGACAGAUCUCUAGCCACACAUUGGUGGAUAUCCCCUGCUCUUUGCUUACCUGCACGUAGGCAUAGAAAUCGCUUUUUGGGUAACUGACCAAUCUCCUUUACAACUUGAGCUCCUAGAACUGAGAACUAGAUCUUGUUCCUGAGUUUCAACAGUAGCAUUUUCAAGUUUCCUGUGUCUAAAGUUCUGGAUAGAAUUUAAAGCCAUUCACAGGAGACAGAAUUGGAGACAGCAGUCGCUGCCUGCCUCUUCAGUAAAAGGCCCCCGGGGGGAAUCCGUUUCUUGAAUAUUCGGAAUGUG